GGAUGGGGGCGUGAAAGGAGGCCAGCGACAUAUUAUUCCUCGCUCCCGGCCUGGGGCUAAUUCAUCCAUACAGGAGGGGUUGGGGGGAUCCGGGGAUUAGUGUCAUCUCUGCCGCCGCUUCGUUCAGGUGAUGAGAACCAUACAAGAGCCUUCCGGAUGCUGCCAUAAUCGCCGGCCCGCUGGAAGCUCGCGACACCCCGACAUCUGCAAUAUUGUAAUUAUUCCACGAUCCGGCCUGGGAUUCCCAGCCGAGAAAAAACACGGAAAAAGAAUCCGCCCUGCACAGGACGCUACAAUAAUCCCGGAGACGAAUCCAUAUUCACGAGCAGCUGCUGGCACCUCCGAUCCCCACCAUACGUCUCAAUGACAGGCUGCGAAGAAACCGUAACACCUCCUCCGCCCGCACCCGAGACCGUUCGCCCGCGCCGACAGCGUGCCGCCAUGUCACUAGGAAACACCUUAGUUAAUUUGGGAAAAAAAUAUAUAAUUUUAUUUUAUUAAUUUUAAUUUUAAUUUUUUUAUUUUAUUUUUUUAUUUUAUUUUUAUUAAUUUAUUUUUGAUUAUUUUUUUUUAUAUAUAUAAAUUUGAAUAAAAAAAACAAAUCCAUUAAUUUUUUUCUUUACUGGAAAAAUGUAAGACUUUUUCUCAACUAUUUAUUUAUUCGAAUUCGUCCAAGGAAGACAAAAGAUACGGUGACGGGAAAUCCUGGAGAUUUGUUUAAAAAAAAAACUUCUUAUUCAGACUUUUUUUUUCCUUAUCAUUUAAGUCAUUUAUUUUUAUUCUUCAUUUUAUUCUUCCUUUUAAUAUGAAGUGAUCAUUCUGAAUCGGAGAACGACUUCUUACCAAUUUUCAUAGGAUUUAUUUAUUUAUUUAUUUAUUGUUUCUUCUGUUAUGGAAAUACAAAAACAGUCCUCCGAAGGAAAAAAUUGUGAAAAUUUUUGAAUUUCUUUUUUUAUUUAUUUAUUUAUUAACUUUUUCAUAACGCAAAGAUUUUUUUUUUUUAAUUAUUAUUUAACAAAAAAAAAUUUUGGAUUGAUAAUCGGGGACGUCGCCGGUGGAAAUUUUUGAAUUUUUUUUUUUACUUAUAAUAUAAAGAUUUUUUUUUUUUUUUUUGAUUGAGAAUCGUGGACGUCGCCGGUGGAGAUGGAGCGACAAAGAGCUGAGAUGCUCAUAAAGAUCGCCAGGGUGCGACUCCAGUGCGGGAGGAUGGGGGACGCUCUGAACUACCUGUAUCAAGCCCAAAGCCUCUACCCUACCCGCACGGCUGCGGGCCUCAUACAGGCCAUACGCGAUGGUUACUUCGAAGCCGAAGGAGCCCAAUGUGGCCCAACGUUUGGUCUUUAUGAGCAACGGGACUUCUGGGCCCAACAGAACCACCAUGCGGGUUGUGGGAACUGUGGGAGACCAGCAUGGCAGGAGGCAGAGGAAGAUGAUGAGGAAGACGAUGAGGAGGAUGAGGAAGAAGAAGAAGAGGAGGAGGAGGAAGGGGUGAUACAAGGCUUUGACGACCAGGAGGAUUAUUACCGGGUCCUUGGGGUCCGGAGAGACGCUGACACCGAGGUCAUACGGAAGGCUUAUCGGAAACUGGCGCUGAGAUACCACCCGGACAAGAAUGGCUCCCCGGGAGCUACAGAGGCCUUCAAGGUUAUUGGCAAAGCCUUCGCAGUCCUCAGUGACACGGCUAAGAGAAAAUCUUAUGACGACUCCCAGGGCAGAGCUCAAGCUGUGUCCGACCCGGACCUGACCACAGAUGAGAUCUUCGAUCUAUUCUUCCGGGGUCACUUUUCUGCCCGAGCUGCUCAUGUCUUCGAUGGUCGUCCAAGAGAGCCACCGAGAUCAACCAGAAGAGAUGAAACCAACCUGAGACGGCAGAGGUGGCCAACAGAGGACGACACGCAAGACAGACCAAGAUGGCAGCAGAGAGAAGGGAUGAGACAAAACAACGACCAAGAAAGGAAAAGGAGAGAGGAUGAAGUGAGGAAACAAUGGCAGGAACAGAAACAGGAGAGCGCCCAACCAAAGUGGCAAAAAGAAGGCAAACGAGAGCCAGGAAGACCCAAGACCCAACAGGAGAGGAAACAAGAUGCUGGACAGACAAGUCCAAAGUGGUGGGAGAAGAGGGCUCAAGAACCCAAGAAGUCAAGAUGGCGUGAAGAAAUGGAUAAACAUAACAUAAAACGGCCUAGAAGGCAGGAUGAAGAAGAAGAAGGUGGUCCUCAUAAAUCGGCCUAUUCUGCCUUCAUCCAGGUCCUGCCAGUCCUGAUCCUGGUGGUGGUAUCAGUGGUGGCACAGAUGACGGCUACCGCUCCGUCCUACAGUCUCCACUCCAAACCUUCCUACGGUCUAACGAUUCCCAGGGAAACCAGCAGCCGCGGGGUCCCGUACUUCGUCGGCCAUAACUUCCAGAACCGUUAUCGAGGGCAUGCGCUGGUGGAGCUGGAGAGGGCGGUGGAGAAGGAAUAUGCCGAACAGGUCCAAGCCGGAUGUUGGAAAGAAAAACAGCAGAGGUCCGACUUGGCCAAUCUUGCCCGUCUGUACGGAGACCAGAGAUUAAGGGAGAAGGCGGACACCUUCAAGAUGGAGAACUGUAGGAAGUUGUCAGACCUCAUAGGUAUAAGGAGAGGAGGCUGAGACAAUAGGGACAACUGGUGCGGUCCUCACGGGACUUUUAUAAGGGAGUGGGAAGGAGGGCCCACCAAGAUCAUAUUGUGCCAUUUAAAGGGGUACUCCACUAGAAAACAUUUAUAUAUAUAUAUA